AUGAGGCGUCUCCGAGCUCUGAUGCUGCUGAUGGUCAUAAACGAGGUUCUCUUGAAGUUUGGAACGAAGAGUGCCCGAGUGAGAAACACUGUUUACGACACCCUGCCAGUGGUCAUCCAUGGCAACGCAAACACCAAAAUGUAUUUGAACUAUCUAGGAAACUACAUCCCCAAUGCCUGGAACUACGAGAGAGGCUGUGGUGUCUGUGACCACAACAUGGUGGAUUUGUCUCAGCUCAAAGAGUAUCCAACUGUUAUGGUCGGAGUGUUCAUCGAACAGCCCACUCCUUUCCUCUCUCAAUUCUUCCAGAGACUUGUGACCCUCGACUACCCCAAAGAUAAACUCAACGUCUUCGUUCAUAACAACGAGGUUUACCAUGAGAGACACAUCCAGAGGUUUUGGGAGGAGAGUAAAGAUGUGUUUAACAGCUUCAAGGUUGUGGGUCCGGAGGAGAACUUGAGCCAAGGACAGGCCAGAAACAUGGGCAUGGGGCUGUGUCGUAAGGACCCAGGCUGUGACUUCUACCUCAGUAUGGAUACUGACGUGAUGCUCACCAACAGACAGACCCUGAAGAUCCUCAUCGAGCAGAACAGGAAAAUAAUUGGUCCCCUUGUCACUCGUCAUGGCAAGCUGUGGUCCAACUUCUGGGGGGCGUUGAGUCUGGAUGGUUAUUAUGCCCGUUCUGAAGACUACAUCGACAUCGUGCAGAGCAAGCGUGUGGGCGUGUGGAACAUUCCCUACAUGGCUCAUAUCUACUUGAUAAAGGGAGAGGUCCUGAGAAACGAGCUGAAGGAGAGGAACCAUUUUGUUUUGGAGAAACUGGAUCCUGACAUGGCUCUGUGCAGACACGCUAGAGAACUGACCAAUCACAGAGAAAAAGACUCCCCCAACCCGGAAACAUUCCAUAUGCUCAGAGUUCCAAAGGGAAUGUUCAUGUACAUUACAAACCGUCAUGAGUUUGGAAGGCUGAUAUCCACAGCAAACUUUAACACAUCACAUUACAACAGUGAUCUGUGGCAAAUAUUUGAGAAUCCAGUGGACUGGAAGGAGAAAUACAUCCACCCCAACUACACACGCAUCUUCACAGAGAACUACCUAGAAGAGCCAUGUCCAGAUGUGUUCUGGUUGGUCUCAGUAGCCUGUGAUGAGCUGGUGGAGGAGAUGGAACAGUAUGGGUCCUGGUCUGGAGGCAACCAUCAGGACAAGCGGAUCACUGGCGGCUAUGAGACGGUGCCGACCGAUGACAUCCACAUGAAGCAGAUCGGCUACGAUAAGGAGUGGCUACACUUCAUCAGAGAGUUCAUAUCCCCCGUCACGCUCAAAGUCUUCUCCGGAUACUACACCAAGGGCUAUGCAGUGAUGAACUUCGUAGUGAAGUACACCCCCGGCAGACAGGCCUACCUGAGACCCCAUCAUGACUCCUCCACAUUCACCAUCAACGUUGCUCUCAACAGCAAAGGAACUGACUUCCAGGGUGGCGGCUGUCGGUUCCACAGGUAUAACUGCUCCGUAGAUUCCCCCAGGAAGGGCUGGAGUUUCAUGCACCCAGGCCGUCUGACGCACCUCCACGAAGGCCUGCCCACCACCAACGGAACACGCUACAUCGCUGUCUCCUUCAUCGACCCUUGAACCUUACACUCUACACUAGCAUUCUAUCAGGUUUAGUUUUUUUGUUGUUGUUUUCGUUGUUGUUUUUGUUGUUAAUUUGAUCUGGGAUUUUUUCUUAAUGAUGCAGUGCCUUAUUGAUGUUGUCAUCAUGACAUUUUACGGAUGCAAUUUACUGUCCCCCCCCAAAAAAAAAAUGUAUAAUUUUUUGUUGUUGUUGAAAAGAACAAAAGACUGCAAAGGAAUUGUAGGAAAGGUCAGAGUCAGACAAUCACCUUCAUUUGAAACUCUCUGUCAAACAGAGAACAGAGCGCCUUAACAUGAUGACGGUAAGGUCAAAUAUAGUAGAGCCUUCAUACUUCAUACUUCACAUCACUCAGAGUUGAAUCAUUCUUAUCAAUUAGUCAGUAAUCCUACCCACAAUCCUGAUCAGUUAGUCAGUAAUCCCACCCAUAAUCCUGAUCAGUUAGUCAGUAAUCCCACCCAUAAUCCUGAUCAAUUAGUCAGUAAUCCCACCCAUAAUCCUGAUCAGUUAGUCAGUAAUCCCACCCAUAAUCCUGAUCAGUUAGUCAGUAAUCCCACCCAUAAUCCUGAUCAGUUAGUCAGUAAUCCCACCCAUAAUCCUGAUCGAUUAGUCAGUAAUCCCACCCAUAAUCCUGAUCAGUUAGUCAGUAAUCCCACCCAUAAUCCUGAUCAGUUAGUCAGUAAUCCCACCCAUAAUCCUGAUCGAUUAGUCAGUAAUCCCACCCAUAAUCCUGAUCAAUUAGUCAGUAAUCCCACCCAUAAUCCUGAUCAGUUAGUCAGUAAUCCCACCCAUAAUCCUGAUCAGUUAGUCAGUAAUCCCACCCAUAAUCCUGAUCAGUUAGUCAGUAAUCCCACCCAUAAUCCUGAUCGAUUAGUCAGUAAUCCCACCCAUAAUCCUGAUCAGUUAGUCAGUAAUCCCACCCAUAAUCCUGAUCAGUUAGUCAGUAAUCCCACCCAUAAUCCUGAUCAGUUAGUCAGUAAUCCCACCCAUAAUCCUGAUCAGUUAGUCAGUAAUCCCACCCAUAAUCCUGAUCAGUUAGUCAGUAAUCCCACCCAUAAUCCUGAUCGAUUAGUCAGUAAUCCCACCCAUAAUCCUGAUCAGUUAGUCAGUAAUCCCACCCAUAAUCCUGAUCAGUUAGUCAGUAAUCCCACCCAUAAUCCUGAUCAGUUAGUCAGUAAUCCCACCCGUAAUCCUGAUCAGUUAGUCGGUAAUCCCACCCAUAAUCCUGAUCGAUUAGUCAGUAAUCCCACCCAUAAUCCUGAUCGAUUAGUCAGUAAUCCCACCCAUAAUCCUGAUCAGUUAGUCAGUAAUCCCACCCAUAAUCCUGAUCAGUUAGUCAGUAAUCCCACCCAUAAUCCUGAUCAGUUAGUCAGUAAUCCCACCCGUAAUCCUGAUCAGUUAGUCGGUAAUCCCACCCAUAAUCUAAAAUAAAUGUGUUAAUGGUUAUUCUGCCAACAGGCAGCUUGUUUUAACCAUUUUAGAUCGGUUACCUGUUUGUAUGGUUAACCUGUACUUUAAAGUGUAGUUUUAUAACCAUUGUCCAUCCAUGUUCUGUCCACCCAUUUUCAGAACAUUGGGUUGCAGUUUGUUACCUGAUGUUAAUACGACCGACAUGCCCAAAGAAAUAUAUAUAUUUUUAUGUUUUUGCACACCAGAUAAAAAUAUUAAUUACAGCAGAAUUUAAUAUGAAUUCUGGUUGAAUGAAGUUGGAUAUUGUCAAAAAUGUUUUACUUGAAAUGUUUUUUUUUUACAUCGUAGGACAACAUCACAGGAGAUGUUUACUUUCUCUGAAAGUUGUUUGUGAAUGAACUUUGAACCUCAGCCAGUUCAAGUGCUUAACUUAUUGUGAAAUGGAUGGAACCGUAAUAAAGUUGGAAAAAACAAACAUGAA